AUGUCAAACAACAAGAGCUCUUGCUGCAAGGGAAAUGAACUCCCAGGGGAUCCACGAACAAUGAAGAGUCGAGUCCUCGAGAGCGGAGCUUCAAUGAUCCAGGACUUCACGCCGGUUAAACAAAUCUGCGCACAUCUCAAUGCAUUCCACGUUUACGCCAACGAUCCAACCCGAUGCGUCGAGGCUAAUCAUUAUUGCACCCAUUUAACAGAGGAUGUGCGCCAAUGUCUGAUCUACGAUUCGCCCAACGCAAAUGCCCGCCUCAUCGGCGUGGAGUACAUGAUCUCGCCGCGCAUUUUCAAGACUCUUCCCACCGAAGAACGUAAGCUAUGGCACACGCAUGAAUUCGAGGUCAAGAGCGGGAUGCUGGUCAUGCCAGUACCAGCCGGUGUACCGGAUGCAGUAUGGGAAGCUGCGGAGACAGCCGAGAUGCAAGAUAUUGCGCCCAUCUAUGGCAAGACCUAUCACUUCUGGCAGGUUGAUCGUGGAGAUCCUGUUCCUCUAGGUGAACCGCAGUUGAUGGGCAGCUUUGUAUCGAAUGAGAGUGCGAAGCUGGCGCAUCCUGCGGGAUUGGAUUCGUUGCUGGAGGAUCGGAAUAAGAGGUUUGGAGUUGAUCAUCGACAGAAGGCGAAGAAGAGGGAGGGAAUUGAACCGGUUGAGAAGCAUCCUGAUGCUGAUUCGAUGUGGAAAAAGUAA